CCUCACCCACAGAGAGGAACUGUGGUUCACAACGAGGUUUCUCCACUCUAACAAGAAGUGAUCCUCCCUGUUUGCCUCUUCUCUGCUGUUCUGCUGUAUCCUCUCUCAGAUGAUACAUGUAUCACCCACCUGCAACUUGUCUUUAACCACACUGCAGCUACAUCAUGAGCAUACGGAAACUGAGUUUCAAGUGGUUCGGUAGCCUCACCAACCUCUCUUUUCGCCGCACCUCUGAGAAAUCAGACUCCAAGACUCAGUCGAAAUCUGGAGCAGGAGCUGGAUGUGUGCCCGAAGAUGGCACUGACUGUGAUGCCGGCCUGGCUCCAGUUCCUGAGACAACUGUGGACGACAUGGAUGCCAUACGCCCUCGAACUGCCAGCUAUGUCCGCUCCAGUGAGAGCUAUUCACACAUGGGUACACUGCCACGGCUACUGAUGAGGAAGAGAGACAAGAGCAAGAGCAAUAAAGAAGCCCCCGGCAGCAGUAAGAACAGUAAAGACAAGAGCAGCAUCAGCAGAAGUCAAAGCCAGCGACCUGCAGGGGACCAUGGAGCCCAGAGGCUCAAAACCGGGCUCAGAAAAGACUCUCUGCCCAUUUUCAAGACCCAGUCUGAACCUAUACCUGAAACUCAUGCCACAAACACCCAGGACACCACCCCUACACCCACAGCUGCCUGUAAACAUGUGUCGCCAUCUGGUGGUUCAACUGCUGCACUUCAACCAGAGCAAGGCAUCCCCCAGGCAGGCACAGACUUGAACCCUGAAGAGAGUGCAUCACCUCCAGCCAGCCAGGAGAAUGAUCAGACCCAGACUCAUGAGGAUGAUGGGUUACAGUCCGGGCCUGUAUCUGAACCGAAGCAGGAUGCAGAGAGCAAAAAGCUGACAAAAGGAGCAGACAGAAGAAACCAAAACUCUGACAGCACAUAUUGCCACAUGGAGCCAGUAGUGAGCCAGGCGGAAUAUGUCCAGUUCUCCAAGGAGAAGUACCUGCUGGAGUCUCCUCCUGAGAAACUUCGCAAGGAGCUGGAGGAGGAGCUGAAACUGAGCGCUGCUGACAUCAGGAGUCAUGGCUGGUACCAUGGACACAUACCCAGAGAGGUGUCAGAGACUCUGGUUGUACGUAAUGGAGAUUUCCUCGUGCGUGACUCUCUGACCAGUGUGGGUGACUACGUGCUGACCUGUCGAUGGGAUAAUGAGGUGCUCCACUUCAAGAUCAGCAAAGUCCUGGUCAAAUCCAAUGAGACCAAGGUGCAGUAUAUGUUGGAGUCUGACAGUUUCGACUCAGUCCAGGAGCUUGUGCGGUUCUACGUGGGCCAGCGCAAACCGGUCUCCCAAUCCAGCGGUGUCCACAUCUACUGUCCGGUCAGCAGGACUCUCCCUCUGCGCUACCUGGAGGCCACCUUCGCUCUGGCUAACAGCAAGCAAGGCUCCGCCUACUCGCCGUCCAGUCAGAGGGGAGCGUACAUCAAGAGAAGGAGCGUCACCAUGACUGAUGGGCUGACGACUGAGAAGAUGAUACCUCACAGUGACUCAGACAGUUCCAGUCCAGUUAAGACGCCAGUGGCAACACCAGAACCAGAGCCGGAACCUGUGCCCAACUGCAGCCCGUCUACAAUCCACCACCAUAAAGACGCAAUGCGGAACUGUGCGAUGAGCAUGGACCAGAUUCAGGAGUAUCGCUGCCCCUUGUCACCUGUCGGCGAAACUCCACUUUCUCCUGCAUAUAGUGCAAUCACCAGGCAGAGAGCCCACUCAGGCGGGCGAGUCCUGGCCGUCGUCCCACCCUCCCCUGCGAUGCGUCGUUCCAGCGACCCUCAGCUCAGCCCCUCAGCCAGUAACAACCCUCCAGAGCAUCCCGCGCAUACCUCUCACUCGGCACACUCCUCACCCGCCCAUCAUCCCAACUACCAAUCACAUUCCUCAGAAACAGCAGGGAGCUACUGUGACCUCAGACCUUGCCCUGCCAGGCCCCCUAAACCCCCGGCGAAGAGCUACGUAGAACGAUUGCGCGUGGAAGAAGGGAGGCAGGACGGAGCGAGGGAGGAAGGAGAUGGGAUAUUCAGCGUCCAGGUGGAGACAACGUCCUCGUUCAGGCCAUCCAGGUACGAGUCUUGCCUUAUGCCAGCUGAGAACAAGCCUCUGGAGAUGUCGGUGUUGAAGAGAGUCAAAGAGCUGCUGGCCGAGGUGGAUGCAAGGACCGCAGCUAAACACAUCACCAUGGUGGACUGCACGGUGGCGAGAAUAUUAGGAGUAACCUCAGAGAUGCAAAGAAUGAUGGGAGUGUCCUCAGGGUUGGAGUUACUGACACUACCACAUGGACACCAGCUCAGACUUGACCUACUGGAGAGGUUCUACACCAUGUCGAUCAUGAUGGCAGUGGACCUGUUAGGCUGUACGGGAAGCACAGAGGAGAGGGCGGCCCUGCUCCACAAGACCAUCCAAUUAGCAGCAGAGUUGAAAAGCAACCUGGGCAACAUGUUUGGCUUCGCUGCCGUGAUGAGAGCUCUGGAGCUGCCACAGAUUUCCCGCCUGGAGCAGACGUGGGUGACAUUGCGGCAGAGACACACAGAGGGCGCUAUUCUCUACGAGAAGAAGCUCAAACCUUUCAUGAAGAAUAUGAACGAUGGCAAAGAGUCGAGCGCCCUGUCCAACACCUCCCUCCCUCACAUCAUUCCCGUCCUGUCCUUACUGGAGCGGGGCAUGGCUCUCGGGGAGGCACUGGAGCCCUGGGAGAGUGCAGAAGUGGGAGUAGACGUGGUCAUGUACCAUCUAGAGGCGGCUCGUACCAUCGCACAUCAUGGCGGGAUCUAUAGAACAAACGCUGAGACCAAACUGCAGGGACUCCAGGAGCGAGCAGAAAUCCACGAGAUCUUCCAGACAGAGUUUCAGAUGCGUCUGCUGUGGGGCAGCCGCGGCUCUGAGGGCAGCCAAUCUGAGCGCUACGAGAAGUUCGACAAGGUCCUCACCGCCCUGUCACACAAGCUAGAGCCUCCCGUGCGCCACAGCGAGCUAUAGCACCCGCCCGCGACAACCAACAUCACGCCAAAACACCUCCAUCUGCACUCGCCACUCAUCGUGGUAUGGUGUUGUUUUGCAUCGCAAAGGAUGAUGUGGAAGAGACCAGCGUUGAAUCUCGGGAAAGGUUGAGACUAAAUGAAGAGGCAGCUAACAGAGCAUGUGCAGUGAGCAAUAGGAAUACAGAGAAGAGGGUUUCACUUAAAACAUGUGUUGCACUCACUGUGGACUUCUCUUUCUGUUCCUCCCUGUGGACUUCCUCACUUAUUGCUAAAAUAUUUAAAUGGCAUCAGAGAGGAGACAAGCUGAGUGGAAAAGAAGAUAGGAUAGAUGGACGACCGGCUCCUCUGCUGGAUACAAACAGUAACAUGUGUACGGUGUGUCUCGAGGGCCACCAAUCAGAGCUGCAGAGUUUGGCUUUGCUCCAAUAAAACACAGACACUCUCUUGUUUCCAACAACUGCUGUCACACACUGUAGCAGAAAUGAUAAUAAUAACUUACAUAGCUCAUAUAUAGAUGUUCUGUCUGUGAGAGUGAAUGUGCGCGUGUCUGUAUGUAUGUAUGUUUACAUUCCUGCAUUUUUGUACGUCAUUAAUAUUUCAUGUGUUUUUGUUUUUUUUGUCUUAUUCAUUUGUUAUGAUCAAAGGAUAUCUAAACAUCAUGGACAUCACCAAACUCAUGAGAAUCUGUCAGUGUUCAUUCUAAGGGAACCAUGCUCAUAAAACCUCAUUAAAUAUGUAUCAAGCAGUCCCAUUGAAUCCCAUUAAAAAUGUAUCAGGCAUGCAUUAAUAAAUGUAUCAGAAAUGAAACAUUUGCAGAAGUAAUGCAGCAACUUCAAUAUGAGGGCUUUGCGAGUUUUGAAAAACAAUAAGGGGACAAAGCGACCUCCCUCUGUUGCAGCUGGUCGACUACUUUUACUGCUUUGUGUCUCGUGCACAGAAUUUCACUAAAAACAGCACCGAGGAAAUAGAAUAUAUACUCUUUAAAUGUACUUAAAGCAAUGUUUCACUUAGUGUAGAAACAUUUCUGAACAUGCUAUGGUACGACUCUAACUUCAGUUUGUACAUUUACAGAAAUAAUGGUUGAUGCAUGCAGCUGUAAAUGUUAUACCAAGUAAAAUGUUGCUUUAAACUACUAAUUUAAAUGUGUAUUUUAAAUUAUGUCAAACUGGAGAAAUAUACAGAUGACACAGUGAAGAGCUUUCAUGUCUGUGAGUAAUCAUGACAGAGGAAUCUGUCAUCUUUCAUCAGGACAUGCUGACCACAGAAGAAUGUCUUUUGAUUGUAUGCUUUGAAUUUGUGUUGCAGCAAUAGAGCUAAAAUGAUCCUUUUUUUUUUUAUUGCUGUGGGAUUUCAUUUUUUUUGCUUGACUGUUCAGUGUUAAAUCAUCGCUUUAUUUACAGCAUGUGAGCCUGAGAGGGCUGGAGCCAACUCUCAGAGCUAUGCAAUCAUUUCAACAAAGUGCUGAGACCCCUGAAACCAUUCAGAAAAGCUCACUUUUUUUGGUCCCUACACCACCUUCUUUUUACAAUCUUCUUCCUAACUCUAUUCACACUGAUAAUCUAUAUAUGAAUGAAAGUCAUAUCAGAUAUCAAUCAAACUGAAAUAAUCCUGAAAGCAUCCUAUCAGAGAGUUGCAUAUCAGAAAUCUUUAAACGGAUGGUUGAUUGCCCCAACUCUUUAGUCUUGAACCACAUUUAGUGUCAGCUGUACAGAUCAGUUCAUGAGGUGAAGAGCCAUGUGCCAUUUCCCACUGUGCUCCAACAGGAGGCGAUCUUUAGUCAGCAAAAAACCCUGGAUCAUUAAUUGUAAUAUGACAUAACAGGAAGACAUACACACACACACAGGGGAAAAAAACACAUUUAUGGUGUGUAUUUUGAGACCAAUGUUUGCUGUCACUCCUAUCAGAUAUCAAACCUACUGGUUUAGGUUUGAUACCUGAUGACACUGAUGAUGAAAAAGUGACGAUGAUGAAUAUGAUGAUGAUGAUGAUGAUGAUGAUGAUGUAAUAUGUUUUUUAUUUGUCCUUUGUUGAAUGCUGUACAGGAAUGCUUUGACAGUGUGUGGAUUCUCCUGUUUUUUAUAACAGGACUGUAUGAGAUGAACUUGAAAAGCAAAAAGACGACAAGUUUUAGGGCUGAUCUCAUGUUUUUUUACGUACUGUACAUAGCAAUUCACCUUUUUUCAAAUAAAAUGAUUGCUCGUG